AGGACCUUCACGGCCAACACAGAUAAGCGGACAGGAAUAUCCAGCGAAAGCAGCGCUCACCAUGCUGCUUCGGGGGUUGCUUCUGUUUACUCUGAUAGGGAUCUACGCUGUGCCCGGAAAUGAAGGGUUCAUAGGGGACUUUUUCGGUGAAUACCGAGAUAUCAUGUCAAAUUGUCGUCGAGAUGGCGGCUAUUGCAUCAACCCCUACACAAUGGCUGCUGGCGAACAGGAAUCCGAAGGUGGAGCCGCACCUGCUGGCGGGGCUGGUGGUGCCGGUGGUGCAGGUGGUAGAGGGCGUGGUGGUGGAAGGGGCCGCGGUGGACCACCAGCUCGCCAGCGCCCCCGUGUGGAUUUCUGGGGAGUAAUCUACGAGAACUGCGUGUCCUGGGAUUACGACUUUGGCUGUAACAGACAGAGUGGGAUCUGCUGUUACAACGUUUAGGCACAAUAAUGGUAGCCAUCAUUAUUACAGGUACAGAUUCAACCCCCUCAGAAGUGAUUGUAUGUAAACUAGGUCCUAUCGUCUCGAACCAUUGAAGAAGCGCACCAUCUUCAUCUACCCAAUAUUGCCGGAAAACCUUUUCAUCUUAUAUGCUGUUAUAAUAAACUUAUUAGCCAGAACAAA